AAGGUGAAUAAAGGCGGAGUCAAAUGUAGUCAAAACAAGUGUGUUUUAAAUUUUUUGUUUCUCCACAAUUUUCAAUUGUUCAUAAUAAUUUAACUAAAUUUUCGUUGCUUGAAAUAGUUACUAAUCUGAUCUUUACACUGAAAUGAGGGUUUUGGAAACUGAGGAGGAUGCUAAAGGGGAUGGAAGACCAUGUUACCAUGCACGAAUGGACUUGAAACAUUGUGUUCUUGAAUCUGACUGUGUUAAAAAGGAUGGAAUGCGUCCUCAAGAAUGCUUAAGACGAGCACAUGAACUUCUACCCAAUGAAUGUGUCCAGUUUAAGAACCUAUUGACUAAUUGUAAACGUAGUUUGAUUGAUAAUAGGAGACGAUUCAGAGGACGAAUUGAAUAGAGACGAGCAAUAUGGUUAGAAACACGAUUAACUGUAUAUUAAACUAGAUAUUUUAAAUAAAAUUAUUUAAUUUGUUGGCAUCAUAA